AUGGAGGCAAUGGCACACGAAGCCUCACAUCACCAACAGCAGGCAGCACAGAACAGUUUGUUGCCUCUCCUGAGCUCUGCUGUUGAGCCACCCGAUCAGAAGCCGAUUCUGCCCUUACCAAUAACGCAGAAACCUCAGCCUGCACCAGAAACGUUAAAGGAUGCUAUUGUUGGGAUUAAAAAGGAAAAACCUAAAACCUCCUUUGUGUGCACUUACUGCAGCAAAGCUUUCAGGGACAGCUACCAUUUGAGGCGUCACGAGUCCUGCCACACAGGGAUAAAGUUAGUGUCACGGCCAAAGAAAACUCCCACCACAAUGGUGCCCCUUAUCUCGACCAUCGCUGGUGACAACAGCCGAAGUUCAUUGGUUUCGACUAUCGCAGGCAUCCUUUCCACAGUCACUACGUCUUCCUCUGCCACCAACCCCAGCAGUAGUGCCGGUGCAACGGCUAUGGCAGUGACUCAGACCGUGAAGAAGCCCAGCAAGCCCGUUAAGAAGAACCAUGCUUGUGAGAUGUGUGGAAAGGCCUUCAGGGAUGUGUAUCACCUCAACCGGCACAAGCUGUCCCACUCAGAUGAAAAACCCUUUGAAUGUCCAAUUUGCAAUCAGCGCUUCAAGAGAAAGGAUCGCAUGACCUACCAUGUGAGGUCUCAUGAAGGUGGCAUCACGAAACCAUACACCUGUGGUGUUUGUGGAAAAGGCUUCUCGAGGCCUGAUCAUUUAAGCUGUCACGUUAAACACGUUCACUCAACAGAGAGACCCUUCAAAUGCCAAACGUGCACUGCUGCCUUUGCCACCAAAGACAGACUGCGGACACACAUGGUGCGCCAUGAAGGAAAGGUAUCGUGUAAUAUCUGUGGUAAACUUCUGAGUGCAGCAUAUAUCACCAGCCACUUAAAGACACACGGGCAGAGCCAAAGUAUCAACUGUAAUACCUGUAAACAAGGCAUCAAUAAAACGUGCAUGAGUGAAGAGACCAGCAAUCAGAAGCAGCAGCAGCAGCAGCAGCAACAGCAGCAGCAACAGCAGCAACAUGUAACAAGUUGGCCUGGAAAGCAGGUAGAGACCUUGAGAUUAUGGGAAGAGGCCGUCAAAGCAAGGAAGAAAGAAUGUCAGUUCACCUUUGAGAAGGCUAUAGAGUACGUACCAUUCGAAGCUGCUAACUUGUGCCAAACCUCCACUGCUGCUACUACGCCUGUGACUCUUACUACUCCAUUCAAUAUAACGUCCUCUGUGGCUUCUGGGACUAUCACAAACCCAGUCACAGUGGCAGCUGCAAUGAGCAUGAGAAGUCCAGUAAAUGUAUCAAGUGCAGUUAAUAUAUCCAGUCCGAUGAACUUAGGGCAUCCUGUAACUAUAACCAGUCCAUUAUCCAUGACAUCUCCAUUAACGCUCACCACACCAGUCAAUUUACCUACCCCAGUAACCGCUCCAGUGAAUAUAGCACAUCCAGUCACUAUAACAUCUCCUAUGAACCUCCCAACACCAAUGACGUUAGCUGGUCCAUUAAAUAUAGCAAUGAGACCAGUAGAGAGCAUGCCUUUCCUGCCCCAAGCCUUGCCCACAUCUCCUCCCUGGUAAAGAAUUUCUAAACAGUAUUAAAGAGGAUUAAGAUGGAAUCCUUGCCAGCAGUUGCUUUUUGUUUUUUUUUUAGUUUUUUUUUUCCUAGUUAAUAAUAAUUCAGACUAAGUCACUGGUGCAACAUGCACCAACAGAGACCAUAGUAGCAUCUUCCCCUGUUGAUUUGGCUCAUACUGUUCAAACUUGAGUUUCACUGGAGCACUUCAUAUAAAGUAAGUUUUACCUUUUACCUUUUAGCUGACUGAUGCUGAAUUAGAGCAGAUACGUACUUGCCAGAGGUUAAAAAAAAAAGAAGUCAUUAAAAAUCAGCUUUAUGUUUUAUCCCCCAAAUUAUAACUUAGAAAAUUAUUUUAAUGUAAACACUAGCAAAGACCCCUCUGUGUCUUUAACAGGGUGGAUGGCUAAUUUUAACUUGCCAGUUGUAAGUCCGUUGUUUCUGAGCUAGUGUAGAAUAUUCAUCUGUGUUAAUGUUUUUUUUUUUUUUUAUAAGUAAAUGCAUUACGAUGUUGUCAUUUUUAAAAAUGCAUUUUGGAGAAAAUAUGCAUUUUACCUUUGGGAAUAUGAUAAUUUCAGGCAGCAUUCCCUAUGGGAAAGGUGAUACCAGCUCUGAUAUGCAAAGCAUAUGAUAACUUAUCAUUCUAACUUCAACAUAUAAUAGGGAUUGUGACCUGAUAUUUGGAGAUGUAAAUAUUACCCAACAUAUUACCCUAAGGGAAUAUAGCAUAGUAGUCAACAUUUUUUUUAAAAAAACUGUUACUGUUUGGUGAGAAACAGCCGUGGCUGACAGAAGAGGAGUUGAAAUGUAUGUAAACAUGGUCUCUGAACAGUCAGAACCCUAUGGGACUCUUAUCUAGGAGCAAAAGGAGUGCUUUGAAACUUAUGAAAUUUUGCUUUAAGCUGGAAGAUUCUGGAGGCACUGGGUAUGAUUUUUAUGCCCUCUGUCUCCCAAUCAGAACCUGCUGGUGCAGCAGGGGACAGACGUGUUAGUUGUUCACUAGAAGUUUUGUCUUAUAUUAAAUUGUAUACAGUUUUUAUUCUAACCACUAACUAGGUAGGAUGCCCCUUCAGGACAAGCAGAGAGUGUCUUUUAAUUUCUCCCCUACUUCUUAAUCAAGUGUUGUGCAAAUCUGUUCAACUUUGUAAAUAUUUGCAAACAUCAUCAUUUUUACGUUAUUCUUCUAUUGUGUUAACACAUUUCUAUCAGUUUGUGGGAGUUCUGGGGUGGUGGUCUGAAUUAUCCAGCCCAGAACUUCUCCAUAAAUGAUCACACAUGUUUAAGCUACAUGUGCUUUUUAUUUCUUAACCUGUUUAUCUGUACAUAAAGUAGAAAGCAAAAUCUAGGGAAACAGAUAUACUUUUUAGACUAUCAUGUCACAUAUUCACGUUUUUAAAACUUUGUUUAAAAAAACACCCUAAAACCAAGACUCUACAUUAAAAAAAUAAAAUUACAGUUGAGAUGUUUUUAUCCUAAUGAAGUUGAAAGCUAUGGAGAUUAGCGUGUGCGCAUUUCACAGAGUGCUAGCGGGACUGACUAGUCAAAAUGGACUGCUUCCGUUUCUACCCUGCCGUGUCAGUACAAGCAGUGAUUACCAGACUUCUGGGUCAGGUGACAGGUAUCUGUAUCAUUACGUGAAACUGUUCUAGGGGCUUGGACUACAUAGAAAAACAAAAACAAAAAAAAUAGAGCUUAGUGUAAAAUAAUUUUAUAAAUGAUCUUUUGUACUUUAGGACAUCAAAUUGUACAACUUUUGUAUAUAUAAAAGCUUAGGAACUUUCUGUUUAGCAGAAAGGAAACACAUUCCUACACUUUUAAUGUAUAUGUUUGUUAUAAUGUCCAUGUAAACAUAUGCCCUAUGUUUGUGCCUUUUAAUUAGUUUGUCUCAAUAAACAAAAAUGUAGAGAAGAA